UUUCUCUUCUUUUUCUUUUUUUUCUUUUUUUCUUUUCCAACUUUUUUUUUUUUCUAUUCUCUUCAAAUAUUUCAUUAUAAUAAUGGCUGGUCGCGGUAAAGGUGGUAAAGGUUUGGGUAAAGGAGGUGCUAAGCGUCAUCGUAAGAUUCUUCGUGACAACAUUCAAGGUAUUACUAAGCCUGCUAUUCGUCGUCUUGCUCGUCGUGGUGGUGUUAAGCGUAUCUCUGGUCUUAUCUAUGAAGAAACCCGUGGUGUUCUCAAGGUUUUCUUGGAAAAUGUCAUCCGUGAUGCUGUUACCUACACUGAACACGCCAAGAGAAAGACUGUUACCUCUUUGGAUGUUGUCUAUGCUUUGAAGCGUCAAGGUCGUACUCUUUACGGUUUCGGUGGAUAAAUCAAUUGUUUCUUGGUUUCCUCUAUCUCUUUUUUCCCCUUUUUAUACUCUUAUUUUACAUAUAUUUCUUCCUCCUUUCACAUACUUUGUACCUCUCAUCUCUUAAGUUAUCGAUUUAUUACCCUCCAUCUCUUCAUCUUUGCUCCAUCUCACAUCAAUGAAUACUUUUGUCUAAAGUAUCUCUAGUCUGUAUAUAAAUUUGAUUCUCUGUCUUCAAAUAAAACAAUAAUAAAACUUUUUUUUAUAAAAACAAAUAAAUCUUUUUUUUUUUUUAAUA